AUGCCGCGCGCCAUUAUCUCGCCCUCCGUCCUCGCCUCCGACUUUGGCCAGCUCACCGCAGAGUGCAAGCGCAUGAUCCGCGGCGGCGCAGAAUGGCUGCACAUGGAUGUGAUGGACGGCCAUUUCGUGCCCAACAUUACCAUGGGUGCCCCAGUCCUCUCCUGCGUGUCCAAGGGCGUCCCGGGCAUCUUCAUGGACUGCCACAUGAUGGUCGCCCAGCCCGAGAAGUGGGUGGACGACAUCGCUGAUGCGGGCGGUUCUCUCUACUGCUUCCACCUCGAGGCCACAACGGAUCCGCUUCCGAUCAUCGACCACAUCCACGAGCGCAGGAUGAAGGCUGGCGUCGCGAUCUCGCCCGACACGCCCUCGUCCGCCGUCACGGACGCGAUCGCCGAGGCCGUGGACAUGCUCCUCGUCAUGACCGUCUACCCUGGGCGCGGCGGCCAGAAGUUCCUCGACCGCUGCGUGCCCAAGGUCGCCGAGCUUCGCGCGCGCUUCCCGGACAUCGACAUCGAGGUCGACGGCGGCGUCGGGCCCAAGACGAUCGACGUCUGCGCGGAAGCAGGUCGCAACGUGAUCGUUGCGGGGACCGCGAUCUUCAACGCGCCGGAGCCUGAACGGGUCAUCGCGCUCCUCAAGUCCACGGUUGACACUGCGCAGGCCAAAAUCGCCGCGAAGAAGUAG